CAAAAAAACCGUCGCAACCCACUACGAGUACACGAGAAGUUGUUUUAUUUAAAAAUAUUUCGUAAAUGGGAGUAAAAAAAUAACCAAAUGGUCAAGAGAAGGAUGAAGACGACGACGACGACGACGGCGAAAGCAAACACAAUCUUGGAGAAGAAACUCGAAGAACUCGAGGGUUUGCUAGAAGAAAUCGGUUCUGGCAAUGGUGAUCAUACUAUAGCAUACCGGGAAUUCAAAGACCGGUUUCUUUUCACGCAUACCCUUUUAGCGGCGGAAAUAUCGUCGGUUAAGGAAGGUGAAGAAGGAGCAGAAGAGAAGUUGAAACUUCGUUGCAUGGCUAAGAGGUUAGCCGAACUUGAAGAGGCUUUCAAGGAUUUGACCGGUCCAAUCGACGAACCGAACAUGCAGAGUUUGGAAAGUGGUGGUGGUGGUGGUGUCAAUGUUGAUGAUGAGCAGACCGGUUUGAUUCGCUCGUUGGUUGAAACGUUACACGGAGAAUAUAAAGACGAUGCGUCGUUAGAGGAGAAGUUGGCGAAGAGAAAAACCGAGAGGAUGAAGACGAAGCGGUUUAGGGGUUUGGUUAGUUUUGGUUUAGUUGCUUUUGUUGCGAGUAUGGUUAGUUUCUACGGUUAUCUUUGUGAUCAAACGAACGAGAAAACCGUGUUUCUCACUCCUACUUAAUUUUCGUAACAAUUUGUUGCUGUUGUGGUUCAUUGAUUACGGUGUGAGUAAUUAAAUUAUAAUGACUAUUGUGUUAUAUAUUUUUCAGUAGAUUUUGGCUUUCUAUAUGAUUAAUGGUUUUUUUGUU